AUGUCGAUGCAAAUGAGCGAUCUCAAGCUGGAUCGCGGCGACGUCUCCUCCUCGCGUCUCAGAAACAACGCAUUCGCUCCCUACACAUCGGAUGGCAGCGCUGAUGAAUCUAGCUCGCAGCGCUAUCGAUCCGCUUCCCCAAGCAGCACAUCUAUAUAUCGCACUGCUGGUCCGUCUGGUUCGCCAAAGAGUCAGCUCGCCUGGAAGAUCGCUGGUGGUCUCGGCGCGCUGGGCCUCUUAUUGAUCCUCGCUGGACGCCUCGGCGUCUCCCACAAGGGCGUCUCGUCUUACUACACUACAUCGCCCACUGCCAGGUAUCACAAGGCCCGCGAAUCCAUCGACGACAUCCUUGACAGGUGCGAUCAUGCCGAUAUCCAUGACAUCAAGUGCAAGGUUGAUUACGCCGAAAAGCUUGCCUCGGAGCUCGUCGCUCGUCAAUCGCGCACGCUAGAUCAGGCCGUGAUCGAAUACGAGCGCCGUUACAACCGAAAAUCUUCCCCUAGCAUGGAAAAGUGGUUCCAACUUGCUCUCGAAAACAAUGUCACCAUUAUUGACGACUACGACCAGGUCAAUACUGACAUCCAGUUCUACGUCCAGUCCGGCCUCGUGGGCGAAAAGCUCAAAGCCAGACUCCUGGAAGCCAAGAUCGUCGUGGCCGAUCCCGGUCAGGGCCAACUCAGCAUUGUCGACGGUCAAGCGGUCAUCUUUGGUCCCGACCGAGGCUCCCUCUCGGCCACUUCCGUCAUCGAGCUUCUCAAGCCGGUUCAGCACAUCAUUCCCGACUUUACCAUCCCGUUCAACUGGUACUCAGAGCCCAAGAUGCCCCAUCCCACCGCUCGGUCAGAGUCGGAUCCCAUGAACUUGGAAUGGAUAGGAGGCAAAGACCCAACAGAGGCUUUGCAGCGCGCAUGCCCUUCCAAUCAUAUUGCACCCGCCAGAUCCUGGGAUGCUCUGUUAUCUCCUCUCGACUACUGCGAGGACUCUCGUACUGGUAUCGCCCGCCGCCACGGGUUCUUUCAGGCGCCCGACGGAUUCGGUCCGCUCAACAAGCUCGUACCCGUGCUCUCCCGAGCAAAGCUCUCUAACUUCGCUGACAUCAUCGCUCCCAACGUCUGCUACUCGGUUCCGGAUUAUCGAGGCUCGGCGGACCCCGUUUCUUGGGAAGACAAAGAGGACAGUCUAUAUUGGCGUGGCGCCUUCACCGGCUUGGCUCCGACGCCGGAAAAUUGGGCGGGUGGUCAUCGGCAUCGAAUGGGUCGCUACACCAAGCAGCUGCGUGAAGCAUACGCCAAGCUCACCCACGGUGUCGAGCGAGAUGCCUUCGACACAAAAUUUGCCCCUAACAGGACCAUCGUGCCGACGCGCGAUUCUGUCCAUGUCGGCAACAACACGCUUCCGCUGUUUGAUUACAACGACCACGAGCUCGUAGAAACGAUCAAGCGGCUUGGGCCCAACACCUUCAACGUUGGCUUUUACACCUACAGACCCGCCGCGGUCGAGGUGCAAAAGGUCUACUCCAAAUACUUCCCCGUGACCGGCUAUGAAGUGCGCGACACGAUCAACCAUUACAAGUACCUCCUCGACAGCGACGGCCAAUCCAUGUCUUGCCGCUUCUACCACCUCCUCUCGACCAACGCCGUUGUCUUCAAGCAGACCAUCUGGUCCGAGUCGCACGACGAGCGCAUCGUUCCCUGGAUCCACUAUGUGCCCUUGGAUCUCCGUAUCGAGAGCAACGAGCUGCCCUACAUGCUCGACUUUUUCCAGAAUCAUCCGCAGGGGCCCGAAACAGCUCGCAAGAUUGCAGCAGCAUCGGCGCGAUGGGCUCAGAACACGCUGCGUAGGAUCGACGUAUCUCUGGCCUUUGCUCGAGUCUUGAUCGAAUACGCGGACCAGCUUUACCACGCACAGAGCUGA